AAUAACGAAAAGUCCAUUUAAACACGAGAUAAUGAACUAGCCGUUGGGGACUCGAAAUUCAAAAGCCCCAAUUUACAGACGGUAUCAAAGAAAGAGACACACCAUUAAGCUCACACUCUUUCCAUUUCGAUAUCCCUUUUUUCUCUCUCAAUCAGAUUUUGUCUUCUCAGAUCUCAGGCGCAAAUCUAUCAAUCGUCUUCUGUUCCUUUCAGUCUUGUGUCAACAGGCCGUUGCAUUUUUCAGCUGGAGUUCAUUUUGGAGGAUUACUAGUCUAGUUGUAGUCAAGAUGACGGUUAGAACUCCUGGUACUCCAGCUUCAAAGAUAGAAAGGACUCCAGCAACCACACCUAGUGGACAUCGAGCUAAAGAGGAGAAAAUCGUUGUAACAGUAAGAUUAAGGCCUUUGAACAAAAGGGAGCUUUCAGCCAAGGACCAUGCUGCAUGGGAAUGCAUUGAUGAUCACACAAUUAUUUAUAGAUCACUGCCUCAGGAACGUGCUGCUCAACCCGCUUCGUUCACAUUUGAUAAAGUCUUCGGUCCAGAUAGUAUAACUGAAGCCGUGUAUGAGGAAGGAGUAAAGAAUGUGGCUUUAUCCUCUUUGAUGGGAAUAAAUGCAACCAUAUUUGCAUAUGGACAAACCAGCAGUGGGAAGACUUACACAAUGCGAGGAAUUACUGAGAAAGCUGUCAACGACAUAUAUUCCCAUAUAAUGAGUACCCCAGAAAGAGAAUUCAGAAUAAGAAUAUCUGGACUGGAGAUCUACAAUGAAAAUGUCAGGGACCUAUUGAAUUCUGAAUCUGGUCGAAAUCUCAAGCUUCUUGAUGAUCCAGAGAAAGGAACUGUCGUUGAGAAGUUGGUGGAAGAAACAGCAAGCAAUGACCAGCAUUUGAGGCAUUUAAUUAGUAUCUGCGAGGCUCAGAGGCAAGUCGGCGAAACAGCCUUAAACGAUACAAGCUCACGAUCCCACCAGAUAAUAAGACUGACAAUAGAAAGCACUCUUCGUGAAAGUUCUGAUUGCGUGAGGUCUUAUGUAGCAAGCUUGAACUUUGUUGAUUUGGCUGGGAGCGAAAGAGCCUCACAGACGAAUGCAGAUGGUGCCAGGCUUAGGGAAGGCUGCCAUAUAAAUCUCAGUUUGAUGACUCUUACAACCGUUAUUAGAAAGCUCAGUGUGGGCAAAAGAAGUGGUCAUGUACCCUACCGGGACUCGAAACUGACAAGAAUAUUGCAACAUUCACUUGGUGGCAAUGCCCGUACUGCUAUAAUAUGCACGCUUAGCCCUGCAUCUAGUCACGUCGAACAAUCUCGCAACACUCUCUUUUUUGCUACCCGAGCAAAGGAAGUCACAAACAAUGCACAAGUGAACAUGGUUGUUUCCGACAAACAGCUUGUCAAGCAUUUGCAGAAGGAAGUAGCCAGAUUGGAAGCAGAGCUGCGCACCCCAGAGCCAGCUAAUGAGAAAGAUUGGAAAAUUCAACAGAUGGAAAUGGAAAUCGAGGAUCUGAAGCGUCAAAGAGAUCUUGCACAGUCACAAGUAGACGAGUUACGCAGAAAGCUUCAGGAGGAACAGGGACUGAAACCAUCUGAAUCUGUUAGUCCAAUUGUGAAGAAAUGUCUCUCAUUCUCUGGCACAUUAUCUCCAAACCUCGAAGAAAAAGCACCUGUCGUUGGUGAAAGAACAAGAAACACAAUGGGAAGGCAGUCAAUGAGGCAAUCUUUGGCUGCCCCUUUUACACUUAUGCAUGAAAUUCGCAAACUCGAACAUCUCCAGGAGCAGCUCGGAGAUGAAGCAAAUCGAGCAUUGGAAGUACUGCAAAAGGAAGUUGCAUGUCAUAGGUUAGGUAACCAGGAUGCUGCAGAAACUAUUGCCAAAUUGCAAGCAGAGAUCAGAGAAAUGCGUUCAGUACCGCCAGUCCUCCGCAAGGAAGUUGAAGUUGGAAAUGUCGUUGCUGUCAAUAAGAGUGUCAGUGCCAACCUGAAGGACGAGAUAGCCAGACUUCACUCACAAGGAAGCACAAUUGCUGAUCUUGAAGAACAGCUAGAAAAUGUCCAGAAAUCAUUGGACAAACUGGUUAUGUCUCUUCCAAGCAAUAAUGAUCAACAGUCAAACAAUGACACCACACAGAAGGCAAAGCAUCCAUCAAAAAAGAAGAAGUUGCUCCCAUUGGCCUCGAGCAACAGUAUCAACAGGCAAAAUUUCUUGAAAUCUCCUUGUUCUCCUCUGUCAACUGCACGACAAGUACUGGAUUGUGAGAUUGAAAAUCGAGCUCCAGAGUUGGAUGAUUUGUCCUGUGAAAUUCAGCCGAUGCAUGAAAAUGAGACUCCUACAAAAAGUGACGGAGGAGAUAUUUCAUCAAAGGAAGGCACUCCAUAUCGCCGUUCCAGUUCUGUAAACAUGAGAAAGAUGCAGAAGAUGUUUCAGGAGGCAGCAGAAGAGAACGUCAGAAACAUAAGAUCGUAUGUAACAGAACUUAAAGAACGGGUGGCCAAACUUCAAUACCAAAAGCAGCUCCUUGUAUGCCAGGUGCUUGAGCUGGAAGCAAAUGAAGCGGCUGGAUACAAUUUAGAAGAUGACGAAAAUAUUCAUCAGAUACCAGAAGAGUCCCCAGUUUCAUGGCAAAUCACAUUUAAGGAACAGAGGCAGCAAAUUAUUGACUUGUGGGAUGUUUGCUAUGUCUCCAUUAUUCACAGGUCACAGUUUUAUCUGUUAUUCAAGGGAGACCCUGCGGAUGAAAUAUAUCUGGAAGUUGAACUCAGGCGCUUGACAUGGUUACAACAGCAUCUGGCAGAGCUUGGAAAUGCAACCCCGGCCCGUGUUGGAAAUGAGCCAACAGUCUCUUUGUCAUCAAGCAUUAGAGCUAUAAAGAGGGAAAGGGAAUUCCUUGCCAAGAGAUUGACAACUCGACUGACAGCUGAAGAAAGAGAUUAUCUGUACAUAAAAUGGGAAGUUCCUUUGGAGGGAAAACAGAGAAGAAUGCAAUUUAUUAACAAGCUUUGGACAAAUCCGCAUGACGAAAAGCACGUAAAAGAGAGUGCUGAGAUAGUGGCAAAGCUCGUAGGUUUCUGCGAAGGAGGUAACAUGUCAAGAGAGAUGUUUGAGCUUAACUUUGUCCUUCCAUCAGAUAGGAGGCCAUGGUUUGCUGGCUGGAACCAAAUCUCCGACCUUCUCCAUAUCUGAGAGAAGCUUAGAUUCUUUUUUGUAAGUAAAUUAAUUGUAUCGCGUGUUGUUUUUCAUGUACAUGAAACUCUCUGGAGCCUCCCAAUUUUGGAGCCUCCCAAGUUGUUCCAUUACAACUGAUUAAUUUUAGAGAAGUACGGAAGAUUGGAAUUUGAGGCAUCACAUCAUGCAACUUCAUUGUCUGAAUAAAGAAUUCAAUUGAAAUUGUGUCAUGUUACUAGAUU